CGACAACUCUCGUUAUUCAAAUUUAGAAAUAAAGACAAAAUAUGAUCUCACAGUAAUUAUUUUCCUAUUUAAUACGAUUAUCAUGUGCAUAUUUAGCAUAUUUAUUUGUAAGUAGUACACGCUCUCACUGACCAAUAUUUUAUUUGAUACGAACCAUAUACCUUCACUAAGAUUUCUCUCUCUAGUACCCCUCCUUUCUCUCUCCGUCGGCGAUGCAGAGGCUUUCGCUAGACUCAUCAGCUUCGAAAUUCCAUAGCUAUGGAGGAAGGAAGGAUGACACCUAUGAUCUCGAUGACUUAAAAAGAAAAGAAUCAGCCUCCUCUCCUCCUUCUUCGUCGUCGUCCGCUGCAGAUUACGAUGAUCACGAGCUCAAAGACUUAAAGCCCAGACGGCUAUCGCUCCAAUCGCCAUUUGCGACGACGCAUCAGAAGCAAGAGAAGCUCGUACACUUCAUCCCCGUUCUCACUCUCAUCUGCUUUAUCAUCCUCUAUCUCUCUUCUCACGCUCCGUCGCAAUCAGAUUUGGCUCAGUUUAACGGAUUCAUGCGUCCUUCAAAGCAUCUAGAAUCCGACGAAAAUGGCGAAAUCUCUGGAUUCAUCAGUGCCGACGCCUUGGCCAUCCGUAGUAGCAUAAGGAACUUGCAGGAGACGGAAAGCUUCACGACGAAAUCACUUCCCCGUCGGCGAACCUCUCACCGGAAAACCGCCGACUUCUAGCUUUUCCCACGUCUUUCAUCGACCUCUAAAAUUUAAUUCGUCUCUUGCAUGUCAAUCUGUUGGUUCAAACUCAAAAGUCGCGAAUCGCGUUUCUGUUAUAACUUAUGGAUAGAAAGAUAAAAUCGAAAUUAGCCUCGCCGGUAAACAAUAAAUUGAAUCCGGCGAUGAAUUAACCGUCAUGCUAGUGUGCGCUGUAUAUGUGAGGCGUAGGAUUACAGUGGACUGAAGUAGAGUUUGUUAGAGUGCGCCUUGAAGUAGUUAUGCGAUCCAGCUGGAAUUUUGGACCGUUACUGAGCCUCGUGCUGCGGUUUAAGAUUCCAGCUGGAAUGAGUCGUCGUUCCUCUGGUCCUCGCUUGGUACGCACUUUUUUGACCUUUUUACUAGGAGUUACUGAAGACAAAAAAAUUACUAGGAGUUAGAGCAACCAAUGUAUAUUAAGUUUCGUUUCAGAUGUUUACCUUUUCGUUAAAAAUAUCUUAACAUAUGAU